AUGAGCAUUGAAAAUCAUCCGUUUCCCGGAAAAGUCACAACAAAGAACCCGAUUUUCAAUUUCUUGGAAUGUGCUGCGGUGCAUGCCCCGGAGUGCAGCUUUCCAAUGAAAAUUCGCAAUAAGCUCGAACGGGUUGAGAAUGGUGAAUCAACCGCACAAUUCCAACUGGCCAAGGCAUUGGAUGAAAUGCGAUACUUUUUCAGAACAAGUCAAUCUGUUGGGAAAAUUAAUGGCGGCGUCAAAAUCAACGCUAUCCCGGAGUUGGCUUCAACUAUGGUUAAUUUGCGCCUGGCUGUGGACAGCUCGGUUGCAGAGGUUCAGAAGCACUAUGAGAGCCUCAUCAGACCGAUUGCUCGCAAACAUGGAAUGUCCUUCCAAGGAUUUUACACAGAAACCCCAGAAGACCGACGAAAAAUUAGCUUGUCUGCCUUCGAUGCCUUGGAACCCGCCCCGGUUUCACCAGUCGAAGCGGAGGCUUUCCAGGUGCUGGCAGGAACAAUCCGAAACACUCUGAAGCCUCUCAUCAAAGAUCAAAGUCUUAUCGUCACUCCGUAUCUGAUGCCUGCGAAUACAGACACAAAGUUCUUUUGGAAACUGACGUCCAACAUCUACCGGUUCACACCUGUGAACCUGGAGCACAAUCUAAACCGAGCGCAUACAACCGAUGAAUUUAUCGUGGCAGAGGAGUUCGUGAGAGAGCCACUCUUCUUUGCAACUCUGAUUCUCAAUGCCGACGACGCCGUUUCUAUAUAG